ACUAAGCUCCACAUUCCUGUCAUUCCAGGUCUGCGCUUGCUAUCAUCUAACACAACAGCGCGACCUGCUUGAAUUCGCCUCAGCCAGUUCGGGCUGUUUUGCUAUACUUGUAUUGCUUUUAUUUUGGUGCUUUAAAAGCUAUUACACCAAUAUACGACUACAUUUAGAGGAAUACGCGAGUUCUGAUUUCGUUUUCUCCCAUUCGCUUCGCGUAUCGUAGUGUUUUACCUGGCUUCGGCUAGCAGGCUAACUAAUUUAGCUGUCUGGCGAGUUAAUCGAUACUCUGCUGCUUUCACGCCGCAAGGAUACGAGGAACGCCUCAUGUGUCUUUUCUAAAAGAUUAUGGCAUAUAUCUACACGUGACAAAGGGCUGUGAUCUCGGGUUGGACCUUGUGGAUGUUGUGGAACAGGCAAAGUGAAGCCGAAGACCAGAUGUUCCUCUGACACAAGCAAAAAUGAUGCCCAUGAUUUUAACAGUGUAUUUGAGUGAUGGGGAGCAGGCGCUGACGGAGGUGCCCAUCACUCCAGAGACGACGUGCCGUGAUGUGGUGGAGUUCUGUAAAGAGCCAGGAGAAAGCGGCUGUCACCUGGCCGAGGUUUGGCAUGGAAAUGAGCGAGCCAUACCUUUUGACCACAUGAUGUAUGAGCACCUGCAGAAAUGGGGCCCCAGAAAGCAGGAGGUGAAGUUCUACCUGCGCCACGAAGACUCGCCUACUGAAAGCAGCGAUCAGGGGAGCCAGCAGUCUCAGGAGCAGCCCAGCAGGAGAGGAGGAAGCAGCUCAGACAUGCACAAUGAGAAUGGGAGUGGUCCACUGCGCUCGUCUCCUCCAACCAUCUGGCCCAGAUUCCAACAGGGGAAAAGCCAGGCUCCAGAAAGCGGAACUAAUUCCACCUUUAGGGAGAAAGAUGACUGUAGACCACCAGCGUAUGGAACAAGGUUUUUUUUGGGUACUGCUAUCCCAGUCUUCAGAGAUGGAGUAAAGGCACAGGUAGUUGGUCGGUUUUUUGGUCUGACUGCCCCUCCCAAACUCAAGAAGAUCCGUUGCAUGAGGGGCCAAGUGGACUACAGCAAAGUCAUCAAUGGCAACCUGUCCGCAGAGAUCGAGCACAUUAGCGGGCUGUUCCAGGAGAAGCAGGCAGAGCUGCAGGCAGCCGUCUUGAGGGUGGAUCAGCUCAGCCAGCAGCUGGAGGACCUGAGGAGAGGCAAACUGAACGGCCUGCAGACCCUCGGGGGUCAGGUCACCGGCACCGCUGCCCUGGAGCUCCGCAAACUGUACCAGGAGCUGCAGAUACGCAAUAAGCUGAAUCAGGAGCAGAACAGUAAACUUCAGCAGCAAAAAGAGCUGUUGAAUAAGAGAAACAUGGAGGUAACACUGAUGGACAAGCGUAUCAAUGAGCUCAGAGAUCGACUGUACAAGAGAAAAGCUGAGGCACGUCAAAAAGAAAACCUUCCACUGAAUAGAGUAAAUGGUCCUCCCUCUCCGCAGCUGGCUCCCGGAAACACCGGCCGUGUGGCAGCUGUGGGACCCUACAUCCAGGUCCCAGUGCCAGGCAGACAGGAGGGUUACGUAGUGCCCCCUGAACCUCUCAAACCUCAGUCACUGGGUGUUAACACCCCAGCCAACCACGCCCGCUCCAAAUCAGAUGGAGUGAGAAAGCCUCCCGGCCCCUGGAAGGUCUCUGAUUUAGACAUCAUAGUGGACCCGAUUGCUCCGCCCCCUCCAGAGCCCCGCCCAGGCCCUGGGGCUCCACCCCCAGUCACCUGCUCUGCGGCAGGGUCGGACGGCGCUUCUCCAAAUGACACCAGUUGGCCUACCCUCAACAAGAGCAACACAUCAGUUAAACCACCUGACUGGAAGGAGUCUGGAACAGACAAGACCAGUAAAAUGGCAUCACCUGCAGGCACUCCUGGAGAUAAGGAUUCCAGUAAAAUGGGCUCAGCUCCUCCUCUCAGUAAGCCCCAUCCUCCCCCAUACGGAGCCCAUACCAGCAACCACCUCCUCUCAUCUGCCAACUCGGGUUCUACCAGCUCUUUGGACCGACGCAAGGAUGUUCCUCUCCGGCCGGCGCCCAGCUUACCUACGAACCCACCGCCACAGCCGGCCUGGCCCCGUGUCCCCCCAGCACCCACCGGCUCUUCCUCUCAGCAGAUCCAGCAGCGCAUUUCUGUACCCCCCAGUCCCACCUUCCAGCACAGUCCACCCUUUUUCCCUCCUGGUGAGAAGCCAGACCCUCCUCUGGCUGUAGCGGUAAGGCCGUUCAUCCCAGAUAAGGGCUCCAGACCGCAGUCACCCAGAAAAGGCCCAGCCACCAUGAACUCAAGCUCCAUCUACCAUAUGUACCUACAACAAGCAGCCCCCAAGAACUACCCUCUGAACAUAAAGCCCACAGUCAAAGCAGUAUAUGGUAAGCCAGUCCUGCUUCCCAGCUCUAUGCCCCCUUCUCCCUUAUCUUUUGGGGGCACUGGCGCCUUUCCUGCCCUGCAGGGUCCAGGAGGAGACAUGUUGGAUGUUGAGCUGGACCUUGACGGUCAAAUCAUGGGUGUUCCUGAGCCACCCCCACCCAACGUGGACCACAUCCCGCGACCUCUCAGCCCCACUAAACUCACACCCAUGGUGCACUCCCCUAUGCGCUACCAGAGCGAUGCUGAGCUGGAGACCUUGCGCAAGAAACUGGCCAAUGCUCCACGACCGCUUAAGAAACGCAGCUCGAUUACGGAACCAGAAGGUCCCAAUGGGCCCAACAUCCAGAAACUUCUCUAUCAGCGGUUCAACACCCUGGCUGGAGGGAUGGAAGGAGGAAUGGACGGUGUGAGUGGAGGUGUGACUCCAUUCUACCAGCCCUCCAUGGCCACUGGGGAAAUGCUCUUUGAUGCAGACAAUGGGAAUCCACCUUCAGAAACACCCAUCGUGCCCUCGGGGGGUGCUGUUGCUGUGGAUGUUGUCCCGCAAAGUGAUGCCAACGAUAAUGAGCCCCCAGAGCAAGUGGCUGAGGCAUUGACCCCUCCGGCACCAGAACCGGCAGAAGACAAUAACAAUAAUCCUGCAGAACCAUUAGCGAUUUUGCCGAGUCCUGUAGCUGAGGCCAGCACACCUGCAGAAGCAGACACCUGUCCCUCAUCCCAGCCCACGGGCAAACGCACGAACCUAAAGAAACCCGACUCAGAGCGGACGGGUCACGGCCUUAGAGUGAAGUUCAUCCCACUCGCUCUGCUGCUGGAUUCCUCACUGGAGGGCGAGUUUGACCUUGUACAAAGGAUAAUCUAUGAGGUUGAAAAUCCCAGCACCCCUAAUGAUGAGGGCAUCACACCUCUCCAUAACGCAGUCUGUGCCGGGCACCAUCACAUCGUCAAGUUCCUGCUGGACUUUGGUGUUAAUGUAAAUGCAGCAGACAGUGAUGGCUGGACACCCUUGCAUUGUGCCGCCUCCUGUAACAGCGUGCACCUGUGUAAGCUGCUGGUGGAGUCUGGUGCUGCCAUCUUUGCCACCACUAUCAGUGAUGUGGAGACGGCAGCAGACAAAUGUGAGGAGAUGGAGGAGGGUUAUAUACAGUGCUCACAGUUUCUCUAUGGUGUGCAGGAAAAGCUGGGAGUGAUGAAUAAGGGAGUCGUGUACGCGCUGUGGGAGUAUGAGGCUCAGAGCGCAGAUGAGCUUUCCUUUCAGGAGGGUGACGCCAUUACUGUCCUACGCAGGAAGGACGAUACCGAGACAGAGUGGUGGUGGAGUAAACUCAAUGACAAAGAGGGCUAUGUGCCACGUAACCUAUUAGGGCUUUACCCCAGAAUAAAACCACGUCAGAGGUCUCUGGCGUAACCAUCUCGUGGGUGACCGCCUGGACUGAUGUCUCGAGGUGUUGAACCUCCAUCUUUCACCUCUAUGUGCCACUUGGACCAUAGAAGGGGUGAAGCUGCUAAACCCUGAACCUGGAGGCACAAUUAACUGCACUACACACUCUCCAGUGAACACCAGGCCAAACAAGCAAUAUCAGGUUUCUCGGUCUGCCCCCGUCUGCUCUGCUACCAGGCCUCCGGAUCUCCCACUCCACUCCUCACACGCUCUCUUGUAUCCAUGUAAAAUGUAUUAUAGCUGUACAUCACACCUUGGGGAUCAAUCGCUUUGACAAGAGCUUUUCUUUAUUUGUAGUCGCUUACCCAUGAUGCUUUGCUGAGAAGACCAGGGCAGAUGGUGCUCUUUGUCAGAGAGAGAUUCUGUAUACUUUGAAUUGAACUGGAUGAAUGAGAGCUGUUAUGUAAGUUUAAAACAAAGGACUUGUGCUUGAAUUUUAUAGUUCAUCUACAAAACGAGUGUAUAAACUGGAAGUAUAUGAGAGCAGAGAACAAAAUAUACAUAGUUUGCAUAGAACAAUUAUUCUGAUAUAUGACUGAGGAAUCCCAUAUCCUGAUGGGCAUGUAUAUGAUUCAUAAAGGCGCAUAUAACUGAGAGUGUUUGUGUAUGAGUGUAUAAUUUUAUGUACGAGUGUGAUUUUUCAAAGUGUGAAGUGCUGAGAAGUGUUUUUCACAGCAUGAGAGUGUUUUGAAGAGAGUGUAUGAAGUGUGUAGAGAGAUUAAGAUGAACCAUCAGAACCAUCAUUAUAAAAUCAGUAAAUAUUUAGCCUACAGGGACUGACGCUAUACGUUUUUGUCAGUUUUUUGGCUGUAGAGGGUUUGGUUGGAGUGCCAUGGCUCCGAUGAAUUCAGCUGAAAAUUUUCUCUGCAUUUACAUAUAUUUUAUACUUCUUUUUUUCAUGUUUCUUUAUUAUACCAGCCCAUUCCACUCCACUCCAGUUUUUAGUCAUGUGAAAUGAUUUUUAUAUUCUGCCAUUGAGGCAGUGAAGAGCUUUAUUGUGGAGUUUAAUCUUGUAAAUACUGUGAUGGGGAUGGGAGAGGAGACAUGCUUGACUCGAUGCUGUUAGACUAAACUGCCCGUGUGGGCUUCUGUGAAAUACAGUGACUUGCACCUUGUGUUCUAUACAUGUGCACAAUAAAAAGAAAUGAGUCGUAGCCAGAAA